UAGAGCUGCAAAUCAGUCAAUAUUACAUUCACUGCAUGCAAAGAGAGACGAGUCACAAUCGUCCAUUUUGCCACAAUCUUUAACGUUGUCUCAAUCUUUAGUGAAAGUGUUUUUAAUUUUGACCCGAAUAAUUUUAAUAAAUCACAUCAUUUCAACGACCAAAAUUGUUAUAUAUAUUUUUUUGGUUGAAAAAUAUGCAAAACAACUGAACUGAAACUUGGUCGGCAAAAAAAGCUACAACAAGAUUUGAAAGUGAAAUUUGAACGCCAUAACAAUGGAUAACAUUAAGGAUUACGACGACGAAGGUUUUGAACUAACAUUUGAAGAUGGAACAACGGCUGAAGAGAAAAAAUAUUUCGUUCAAGCGUAUUCAAAUGUUAACAUGGUGGCUGAUAAAAGGCUGCAUUGUACAUGUUGCAACGUUCAUAUUGGCACCGCACCGAAUGCUGAAAAGAUCAUUCGCAUGCAUCCCGUGUUGCGAGUGACGCAAUGUUAUAAAUGUUAUCGUUUCUACAACAGCGGCGAAUUCGAAAAGGGUGAGGAUGGAAGCGAACUAUAUUGUCGCUGGUGUGGUCAAGGCGGUGAUGUUUACUGUUGCUCCGAUUGUCCAUAUGUAUUUUGUAAGAAAUGCAUUCUCCGCAAUUUGACGAAAGUCGCAUUGAACAAUGUUACGUCAAAUGACAAUUGGAAGUGUUUUUCGUGUGCACCGAAAAUUCUAUACCAUUUACGGGCUCAACAUUGGGCGCUGGUAAAUUUCAUUGAAAAACAACAAAAGAAAAUUGAAAAGAUGCGCAAGACUCACGAUCGAGACGAAAUCGCCGAUGCAAUGUCACAUGAUUCAUCUCAAUGUUGUCAAACAAAGAAGAAAACAAUUGAUUGCAAAAAGCGAAAGCCACUCCUUUACGAUGAUUCCGAUGAUGAUUCGGAAGAUUCAAAUUGGUCUACAAAGAGAAGAAGCAAAGUAGCUAAGAAGAGUGUGUCGGAAUCGUCAGACGUGCCGGUGGUCGUGCCAGUUGCGACGCAAAAAAUUGAUAAAGAAGUACCGAAAAAGAAGUCUGAUCCGCCACCACCACCACCAAAAGAGCCACAAGUGAAAAAAGUGGUUCCAAAGCCCACUCCAAAUGUACAAAAAACCGUACAGCCAGCAAGCACACCAAUCGCACCAGUCGUUGCAAAUUCAGAUGCAGCCGAAAUUGAUUGUACACCAGAUUUAUUUGCGUAUCUUGUGAAUCACAGCUAUGAACAAACCGUUGGUGAAAAGGAGCAAUCAGAAAAUUCGGUGUCAUCAUCGACAGGAAUCUCAUCAACUAUUCAAGGACCAUCGACAUCGAAAAAUCAACCAACACGACCUGCAGUACAAUCACAGCCACAAUUUUCAAACACUUCCGAUUCGAUUCGUAUACAAAGUGUGACAAGUGGAAAUGAAGUUGCGAAUGCUGAAGUGUCACAAGGUCAAUCGGCAAAUCGUGAACAAUUUGUGAGACGAGUUGCUCGAUCUACGGUUACACAAGCGGCUUCGCAACCGGUAUAUCACAAUUACAAUGGAUAUCGAAUUGAUUUGAAUAGUGCUGCACAACAAAGCACAAUUCGUUUACCAAACGGCAAAGUGAUUCAUGUUAAGAAACAAACACCAGCAAACAAUGGACGAAAUGAACCAACCAGAUAUUCAAUAAGAGAUGUAAGACCAACCGCUCCAGUGGCAACAGCACAAAAUCAAACUGUUACCGCACCGGCUUCGGUUCGCCAUCCAAUCCAACGUGUUCCAACAUCGACUGUGGUGAGACCACCUGGGCCGCCACCGCCACGUACACAAUUUGCUCAACGUAUGCAAACAAUUCAACAGCAAAUUCCGCCGCUGAUUAUAAAUUCAGUGAGCUCAGCGGGACCGAUUCCACCGCUACAGCAAAUACCAACACCAGCAGCAGCAAGAAUGCGUCCACAAGUCUAUCAAAGGGCAAUUUCGAAUCAAAUGCGACCACACACAGUUCCGCCAAAUCAUAUGUCAUUCCAAGAUGCACAAAUGCAUUUACAGCAGCAAAUAUCAAUGCGACCAAGCGUAGUGUCAAAUCAAGUGCGACCAAAUGUUGCUGUGCCACCGGCACAACUUCCAAAUGUUACGGCCGGUCCAAGUAUUCUGAAUGCAUUGCCACAACCAAAAGUUUAUGCAAACGAUUCAGUUGGCCGUGCACGUACCCAAUUGGAGCGACAAAUAUUCAAUUCUAUAUCGAUUUGUCAUCAAAUCGAUGGAAAACUUAAAACGCUCAUGAAUUCAAAUGCGUAUAAAAAUGCGCAAAAAUUACACGAUAUUAAAGAGCUUUACAUUCAUCUAUCGUACCUAUUCACCUACACGAAAGGACGCUUUCAAACGGUUCACGACAAAUGCAUGGAAGAUAUGGAACGUCUUGGUUUUAAAAAUGAUGCAACCUCAUUGUCAUCGGGAAAUGUGAUCGAUAAGUAUGGUAGCGAUGUCGACGAAGACGACUUGGAAAUUGUUGAGCCCAAUCAUCAAACAAUUAAUUUGGAUUCGGAUGAUGAGACACGAACUCCCGAGAAGAAUAAAUCGAAAACGAAUGCAAACACAGCAAACGGAUCACGCCAAUCGAUUGGCACACCUGGUGAACAUGAAGUUGCUUUAUCCAACCGAAGCGGACCAAUUAAUACUUCAGGACUUGUGCUGGACAUUUCUUCUUCUUCGACCGAACAUUUGGAAUGUGAUGUUGAUGUGACAUCACUUUUACAAAUCAAUAUGAAUGUAGAGGAGGAAGAUGAUCAUGGUGAAUUGUUGCUAUCGCGCAUGAAUGAUGAUGUUGAUGGAAUUGCAACGCCACCAGAAACUGAAGAACCCGAAAUUUUAUCCAUUGAAAAUGAUUUGAAAUUGAAGAGCCUAGUAACCAUUGAGUUGAAACCAGUUGAAAAUGUUUAUCCCGAUUUGAUGAAAAAGGCGCUACAGAAAAUGAAAAACAGUGAAAUUGUAGUUGAAGAUGACGAUAAAGAGGCAGAAGAGGAACAACAGUCCGAUACAAAUUCACCGUGCCAAUCACAAGAUGUAAGUGAAAAGAAAGACGAUGAUGUAGUUGUGGUGGAAAAUGAGCAGCGCACUGAAAAUCAAUUAGAAACUGCAAAAAAUAAUGAAAAUGAACUGCAAUCUAACGAAAACGUUGAUCAACCGCCGGAUGAAACCGAAAAAACUGCUGACGAAUCGAAACAAAACGAAAAUCAACAAAACGAAAUAGCAGCAAUUGAAGAGGUUGAAAAUGAAACGCCACAAAUUGAUACGGUUGAAGUAGAAAAUGACAUCGAAAUGCCACAAAUUGAAGCCACCACACCACAAAAUGAUGCCGAUUUUAGUGAAAAUGAGGCAAAAUCGAUUGAAAGUAGCUCGGAUAAUGGUGAUAACGAUACAUCAAAUCAAGAAAGUCACGCGGAAAUAACAUCCACGUCAAUGGUUAUUGAUGAAAAUGAUGUCGUAAUGUUGGAUGCCAGUAAUUCACCAAACAGAAGUGAUGACAAAACCAAUGAUGACCAAUUGGAAAAUGACGGCAAUGAUUCGAACGAGGUCAGUAUGAUGGACACGGUCAACGAUGCUCUUAUUGAAAUCACAACGGAAAAUAACGAACACAUUGAGACGGAAUCACUCUUUUCGGAUUUGGAUAUCAAUAGUGCAAUCAGCACCAGUGAUACGCUAAAUGUGGUCGCAUCUAUUUUAGAUAAUAACGACUUUGAAAAUAUUUCAUCGCCAGAAAAUUUUUAAUUCAAUUCAGCAUUUAUAAAAAAA